CUGUCCUAGAAUAACUUUUCCGGAAUUGUACUAAUUUGGUUUUGUAAAUAACUCAUACUCGACGUUUUCCUGUCAAAUAAAAUGGCUGAUGAACAACAAGAAAAUCUAGCAACUUAUAGAUUGCAAUUACAGCAGGUUGAAGCUUCUUUGACAACAGAUCCAGAUAAUGAAGACCUCAACAAACUCAAAAAAGAUCUGCAGGAGGUGAUAGAUCUCACAGAAGAACUGAUUGGAAACAAACAGUUGGCGGCCAUUGCAGCUGAUGCCAAUAUCUCGGGAACCAGCCUCGGAUCAACGGAGGACGCGGUGCCUGUAGAAUGGCAAGUCGGAGACACGUGCCUGGCCAUCUGGACCAAAGAUGGACAAUACUAUGAAGCAAAAAUUGAUGAGAUAUUGGAAGAUGGCACCUGUGCAGUAACUUUUGAUAGCUAUGGAAACACAGAUGUGACAGAGGUUAAACUUUUAAGAAAAGUUGAUCCAGCCCAACAGAAAAAGGAUUCAGAAAAGAAAACUAAGUCAAAACGAGAUAUAAUAGCGGAACAGAAGGAAUACAGGAGGAAGAAACAACAGAAGAAAGCUCAGCGACUAAAACAGAUGGAGGAGGAACGGGAAGUGGAGAAGAACAAGUGGCUGGACUUUAACGCAAAGACAUUUGCCAAAACAAACAAAGGGAAGGUGAAAAAGAGUAUUUUUGCUACACCAGAUGCAGCCAACGGAAAAGUGGGAGUCGGCACCUGUGGGCAGGGAGGAAGGCCAAUGACCUCAUUUCAGCAUGCAGAAAAAUGGAGGAAAUGAAUCGAGGAUUCCAUGUUAUGUAGACUCUUCGGUGCUCAUGUACUAGUGUUGGGAGGAUAUUUUGAAGUCAGCAAGCUAACCUCUCUUAGAGGGCAGCAAAUAUGUUGAAUGGAUGAAUAGUGGUCAUGAUAAAUCCAAGCUUUUUUUCAAACUUUAGACUGAGAGAUUAGUAUGUUGCAAUUUGACAACAGCGGCCUCUAUUUUUAUUUUUAUUAGUUUUAACAUGUAAUAUUUUUUUCACAAGAAUACUUUUUCCUUGUAAAAAUAAAUAUAAUUUUCAAAAAGGAAAUAAUCCUCAGUCAGUUUAUUGAACUUUGAAUUACAUGAAAUACAUAUGUCUGAAAGAAAAAAAUAUACAGCACAACUCAUUUACACAUCACAGAAUUAUUCAGAAGACAUAGGCAUAACAUUACAUUUAUAUGUUAAGCAUACUGUUUACAACAUUUGUAACACACACUGGCAAGCAUAUUAUGAAUGGAUUUGUAAGGAAAUAUGAGAGGGACUUUUUUUAUUUGUACAUUUAUUUUUCAUAUUUUACAACAUGUAAAUGAUCAUGAACAAUUUAGUAUUAUUGUGUAUGGUAUCAUGCCCAAUAGAUUGUAAAAUGUU